UUGCCGGGCGGGGCCUGAGGGCCGCCCAUGGCCGCGGCCUCGGGCCAUGGCGGAGCCGCCGCCCGGAGCCGCCGCACCGCGGGGCCGCGGCCGGGCCUGGCAGCGCGGCGGCUCCGCGCACGCCGAUGAGGACGGCACGGAGCCCUGCGGCCCCGCUCGCAACGGUUCGGACGCGGAGCCCCCUGGGCGCGCUUUGAACGGUCCGGGUACGGAUGCCGCCGGCCUCAUUUACAACGGUUCGGACACGGAGCUCCUCGGUGCCGCUGAGGACGGGCCGGGCACGGAGUCCCCGAGCCCGCAGGAGGACACGGAGCCGCCCAGCCCCGCUCAGGACGGUUCGGGCUCGGAGCCGCCCAGCCCGCGGGAGGACGCGGCUCCCCCGGCGGAGCCGGAGCUGCCGCUGGUGCCGCCGGAGCUCCACGCGCGGCUGCUGGACCGGCGGGACUACCGCGGCCGCGCGCAGGCCGUGGAGCAGCUGCGGCGGGCGCUGGAGAGCUGCAGCCCCGCCGCGCUGGGCUCCGCUCCCGCCGCCGCGCUGCUGGGGCUGAUCGCGCUGCUGGACGCGCUGCUGCACGACCCCAACUUCGCGGUGGCGCGGGGCGCUCUGGAGGCGACCCGGCUGCUGGCGCUGCGCCUCGGCCGCCGCGUCCCGGCCGUGCUGUCGCCGCUGGUGAGCGCGGCCGCCCGGGCGCUCGGGGACGCGCAGCCGGCCAUGCGGCGGGACGGCGGGCGGCUGCUGCUGCGGCUGAUGGCGGCGGCGGGGCCGCGGGCCGUGCUGCGCCUGCUGCUGCAGGAGCGGCUGCUGCGGCACCGCAGCGCCCGGCUCCGCGAGGAGCUGCUGCACACGUGCAUCGCCGCGCUGCUCACCUACCCCGCCGCCGAGCUGGACCUGCCCCAGCUGGCGGCCGCGCUGGCGCCGGCGCUGCUGGACAGCAAGCGCAGGGUCCGGCACGCUGCCAUGGAGGCGUUCGCCGCGCUGGCUGCGGCGCUGGGCCCCGGCGGCGGCGGGGCGCUGCUCCGAGCCCUGGACAGCGUGGAGCUGCGGGCCGGCGGAGCGGGGGUGGUGCGCGCCGUGCAGGCCCGCCUGGCCAGGAAGGUGCUGCCCAGGCUGGGCGAGCAGGGACUGGUGGAGUACGGCGUGCCCUUGUCGCCCUCGGCCGGGCACUGCCGCGGGCCCUGGCAGCCGCCCGGAGCCGACACCGAGUGGCUGCUGAUGGGCAGCAGGAGCCGCAGCGCGCACGGGCACUGCGGGCACCCCGCCUGCCGCGACCCCCGGCGGGGACCCAGCCCCCGCAGAGUCCUGAGCGCCGGCAGAGGCAAAAACAAGCUGCCCUGGGAGAGCGAGCUGCCCGCGGACAGGGACGGUGCCUCGGGAGUGAGGAAGGGUGUGGAACAGUUGGCUGCAUCCAGUGAUUUCCUUCAUUCCCCAAAGCUCCAGGGAAUCCCAAGCAGUGAAGAUUUGUUUGCCAGCAGGAGCAGAGCUCCCAGGACUUUACUGGAGCUGAACUCAGAGCAUUCUGCCCUUGGUGCUGGUGCUCUGGGCUCUCAUCAGCCCCAGAUCUCAGGGAGAUGUGGGACACUUGGAUACCCACAGGCACGUGGGAAGAGUGGCAGUGUGGGCUCUGGUUUGCAGUUUUUGGGAUUAAAUAAUUGCCAGCAGGACAAAGUUUGUUCCAGCCUCAGUUUUUCCAGCAAGACCCAGAGAAGUUUUUGCACUCAGGCAGAGCCCAUCAUGUCCUUCCAAGGUCCCAGUGCCAGCCAGGGCACCUUCAUCCUGCCCUCCUUCCCCUUGUCAUCCCCCAGGAGCAGCCCCAAGCACCUCUCCUCUGCUGCUGCCUCUCCAGGGAAGUCCCAGGAGGAUCCCAGGAGCCUCUCCAGCUCCUGGCCUCUCAGAAGCCUGGAGGGGCUGCCUAAGCCUGGCUGCCAGAAGCAGCUGCUCAGCCAAAAGCCAGGAGAGAGCACAGGGGACAGCCCAAUGGACAAGCAGCUGGACAAGCAUUCCCUGCAGCUGGAGAAGAAUUCCCUGCAGAUGGAGAGGCAUUCCUUGCAGCUGGAGAAACCCCCUCUACAGCUGGAGAAGCAUUCCCUGCAGAUGGACAAGCAUUCCUUGCAGCUGGACAAGCCCCCUCUGCAGCUGGACAAGCAUUCCUUGCAGCUGGAGAAGAAUUCCCUGCAGCUGGACAAGCAUUCCUUGCAGCUGGACAAGCCCCCUCUGCAGCUGGACAAGCAUUCCUUGCAGCUGGAGAAGAGUUCCCUGCAGCUGGACAAGCAUUCCUUGCAGCUGGAGAAGAAUUCCCUGCAGCUGGACAGGCAUUCCUUGCAGCUGGAGAAGAAUUCCCUGCAGCUGGACAGGCAUUCCUUGCAGCUGGAGAAGAAUUCCCUGCAGCUGGAGAAGCAUUCCCUGCCCCUGGAGCAGCCCCCCCUGCCCCUGAGGGCUGCCCUGGGCAGGGCCCCGGGGGGGCUGCGGGGGGCCCGGCCCGUGCCCCCCAUCCCACGGCUGCCCAGCCCCCGGGAGGGCACAGAGCUGGCAGCAGGGCUGGCCCAGCUGCACCUGGAGCCCCAGGACCAGGAGGAGAUGCAGAGCUCGCUGCGGUGCCUGCGGAGCAGCGCGGCCAGGAAAAGGGCGAAGCUGAGCAGCAGCGCGGGGGAGCGGGGGAGCCCCGGGAGCGCCGGGAGCGCGGUGAGACCGGGGCCGGGCCGGGACUGCCCCGCCCGCGGCUCCUCCCCCGGGAGCGGCUCCCGCCGGACAGAGACGGGAGUGCUGCCCGCAGGUCUGCUCAGUGGGAACAUUUGUGGGAAUACUGGACAGAGUUUUACCAUAGAGAAACUGAAAUCUGUUGUUAUUUUUGGCUGGGCUUUGUGGGGAAUUGCACCUAUAAAAUGUGUUUAUCUGAACAGGUCAGACACUUUCCCAGUGCUUGGCAGCAAAUCCCACCCUGCAAAAGAAUGUCCAGCAAGGCCCAGAGACACAGAGGGGACAGAGCAUCCCCCCAGCACAGGCCCUGCAGAGCCAGUGCCUGGUUUUGCUCUGAAGAAUGAUCUGGGUUUCACAUCUGAAGAUGUUGUUGGCAAAGGUGUUUUUGGGAGCCCUCCUGCCCCAGCUCCCAGCCAGUCCAUGCCCUGUGUGGCCAAUGGGGAUGGCCAGGCUGCCAGGGAGGGAGCAGAGGCAGCCCCAGGGAGAAGCUUCCAGCAGAGCAGCACUUCCCAUUGCCAUGGCCCUGCAGGGAGUGGAGGAGAGGUAAAAGUGACCUUGUCAAAAUCUGCUCAGGAGAAGCUGAGGAGGAAGAGGAAAGAAGACAAAGAACAGAACCUUAAAGAGGAGCAGGAAGGCAAAGCCUUGGAAGGGAAGGAGGAAUUCCCUUGGGAAAGGAUUAGACUGAGUAUGAGUGAACCAGAGAAACUCACAGCAGAAAGGUUUAAUCUCUGUGGGGAUUUAUUGACAUCACCAAGGAAUGGAUCUUUGUCCUUAGAAAAUGUGGCCUUGAACCCUUCCCUGAAAAGAACAUCCAGUUUGAAGAGGUCAAAGUGUCCAUCCUUCCUGGAUUCUGAGGUGACCCAGAGCCCCGAGGUGCUGGACCCUGGAGAGCUGCAGCCCUUCCCCCGGCCCGAGGUGGCGCUGGCGGAGGCGCUGGCGCUGCUGGCUGACCACGACUGGGAGAAGAAAAUUGAAGGUCUGAACUUUGUCAGGUGCUUGUCUGCCUACCAUGCCCCUGUUCUGACUGCAAAGCUCCAUGAAACAACCCUGGCUGUGGCUCAAGAGGUCAAGAAUUUACGCUCAGGUGUUUCUCGAGCUGCUGUGGUCUGUUUAGGGGAUUUGUUCACCCACCUGAAAAAGAGCAUGGAUCAAGAAGUAGAUAAUGCAGUAAAAGUCCUUUUGCACAAAGCUGGGGAAUCCAACACUUUUAUAAGGGAAGAGGUAGACAAGGCACUGAAGGCCAUGGUUAAUAAUGUGACUCCAGCACGUGCACUUUGUUCUCUUAUAAAUGGAGGGCAAAGGCACCUGCACUCUGCAGUGAGGAGAUGCACGGCCCAGCACCUGGGGGAGCUGGUGCAGCUGCUGGGCCCCGAGCGGCUGCUGGCCGGGGCGCGGCCCGCGGCGGAGCGGCUGCUGCCCGCCAUCGCCUGCUUCGCCCAGGACAGCUCCCAGCACACACGGUACCACGGGAGGAGGAUGCUCUUCACCAUGAUGGAUCACCCUGACUUGGAUAAAACACUGGAGAAGUUUGUGCCAGCCAAGGAUUUGCCUUACAUUAAGGAAACUGUUGGCAGCCUACGAGAGAAGGGCCUGGGGGAGAUGCCCUUGGAUACACCCUCAGCCAAAGGAAGGCGUUCCCAGACUGGAAGUGUUGGACAUUUGAGGUCAUCCUCUACUUGCAGAGAUGCUCCCAUCAUCCCAGACAGGGCCGGCACGGAGGCGCAGGAAGCCCCCAGGAGAGCAGGUCCCCGCGCUGGCCCGGACACGGAGGAGCAUCUCCGGGAGCUGCUGGCGGCUCUGGGCGCCCGGGAUUUCCAGCAGCGCAUCGGGGCCGUGCGGCGGCUGCAGCGGGACACCGAGAGCUGCCCCGCCCUGGUGCUCGGCAACAUCGUCAGGAUCUUUGAUGCUUUCAAGCCUCGAUUACACGACUCCAACAGCAAGGUGAGCCAGGUGGCUUUGGAGGCCCUGCACAAGAUGAUCCCAGUGCUCAAAGACAACUUAUCACCUGUGAUCAACAUGCUGAUUCCUGCCAUAGUGGACAACAACCUCAACUCCAAAAAUCCAGGGGUUUAUGCAGCUGCCACCAAUGUUAUCCAGGCUCUAUGUCAACACUUAGACACCUCCCUGCUCCUGCAGCCAUUCUGCACAAAAGCCCAGUUCCUGAGUGGGAAAGCAAAGCAGGACCUGACUGAAAAGCUGGCAGAGCUGGUGCAGGAGCUGUACCCUCGGAAGCCCUGUGCUGUGGAGCAGAAGGUGCUGCCCGUGCUGUGGCACCUGCUGGGCAGCUCGGCCAGCAGCGGCUCCGUGCCCACGGCCAGCCUGGCCCAGGCCCUGUGGGCACAGAUGGGCCCCGGGCUGCUGGCCCACGCUGCAGCCCAGCCCCUGCACAUCAGGAAGAGCCUGGAGGAGCUGCUGGAGACAGCGACGUGAAAUGGCCGUGCCUGCAGAGGCUCCAGCCCAGGAUCUGUCCCUGGAUUGCUCAUGAAGAACCACACGGUGACAUCAGCACUGUGCUUUACGUGGAAAAGUAGAAGAGAAUCCUGGACACAGUGAUGCAGUGCUCUUUGUGAAAAACAUGUAUUUUUGUACCCCCACAGGCAGUGGUGCAGUAUUUGUUGUCUCAGGGCUGAGCAGUGGGGAGAAUGAACCUCAACCCUUCUCCUUCCCCAGCUGCGGGCUCUGGACACAUUGGACAAUGGGAUAUAUAAAUAAAGGGAUUUAUUUCUGUA